GUUCGAGAACGGGACGAGGGAAGACUGCUUAAGGAAGAGGGGACAUGAUAACAAAUAUUAAUGAAUCAAUUAUGACAUUGAUAAUAACGACGAGCUUGCCAGGGCUUGGCACUAAAGUAUCGUUACGCACAAUACAGGAUUUGUUUUUGGUGUGCGUUUCUCUUUUAGAAAAAGUAGACUCCUAAGCAGGUUUGUACAACUCUUCCUGUUGCGAACUAGGUGGAUAUCAAGUUCUUAUUGAAAAUACAUACGUGUACAAUUAAGACAUUGUAUGUCACCAUCGGGUAAGACAGCAAAUAUGGAUACAGUUGCGCAAACGGGUGCGGGAUUUGUUGACAACGCAUAGAAGUUUUGGCCAGACACCGUUAUUCGUGCUCAUGGUUUAGGGCGAGUUGGUAAGCUUUGAAACUUGUCGUAAAGCACGGGGUUCUCAGGACUAAAUGCGCCUUUCCUGCUAUUCUUCUCCUCUUCUCAGCGCUUCCUGCUUAUGGUGGCCACCGCACUUCAUGGCUAAAAAUGCAGAACUCAAAAUGGACAACUAAACGGAGUUGAACUCUUCCGUUGGGUUAUUAUUGUCCAUGUUCUGGAUAUUCUACAACCACCUGAUGCUCAUUUUGGUAUGAUGUGAUCCAUCCUGGGUUCUACACUGUCGUGGUUUUGCUAUAUUUGAAUAAGUCAUCCUUUAUUUCAUAUCUCAAGAAGCAGCACCUAAUCAUUGGUCAAUAUGUGACAAUUUGUGGUAUAGUUAUAGAGUAAUUAAGUGAGCUAUGUACUCAAACCGCGCAUUGAGAAACCACACCACAACAGUCGAGUAGAAAUUAGCUUUAUGGAGACAAUUCUGCCUUUUUACACAUUGGCACACUUGGUAGGACUGGUCACAUCCAUGGCCUUUGUUUGAUUGUUGCCAACUCUAAUGGAAACAUAUGCAGUCCAUGUCAGGUUGCAUGAGAGACAUUUUUUAUCCUGUUGUCUUUGAACACGGUUGUGUUCCUGUUGGCCAGGCCUUUGAACAAAUUUCAUUGGUCCCUGAUGAGCCAACUAGACACAGACGAACAGGAGAGAGGCGCAAUAAAGUACAUUAUUGUACUUUAUUUUCAAAACCACACAGAAUCAAACCCAGUGUCUGAACAUCUGUUCAUUGCGGCUCCAUGGAGCCGCUGAAGAACAUUUUUACCCGCGGCCCGCUGUCGAACUGGAAAGGUCUGGAUCAAUCACAAAAAGGGAACUUCACCAAUCCCGUGUGGACGGCUUUAUUCGACUAUGAGGCCUCCGGUAAAGACGAGCUCACCCUCCACAAAGGUGACCUGGUGGAAGUUCUGUCACUGGACUCUGAGAUAUCUGGUGACGAGGGCUGGUGGGCGGGCAAGGUCAACAAUAAAGUGGGAAUCUUUCCCUCGAACUACGUCUCCUUCAAGCCUCCUUCAUAUGGGAAACUGCAGGGCAAUGGAGUUGGCGUGGUUGGGGAGCUUGGGCCAGCCGUAGUGGGGGUGGGGGAGUUUGAACCCGAGGCCGUGGAUUUCAGGGAACUGAGCCUCGAGGAGGUCAUUGGGGUCGGCGGCUUCGGCAAGGURUAUCGCGGUACGUGGAGAGGUGGGCUGGAGGUCGCCGUGAAGGCGGCCCGCCAGGACCCAGACGAGGACAUCAGCGUGACGGCCCAGAACGUGCGCCAGGAGGCCCGGCUGUUUGCCAUGCUCACUCACCCCAACAUCAUCGCCCUCAAAGGGGUUUGCUUACAGGAACCCAACUUGUGCCUCAUCAUGGAGUAUGCGUCCGGUGGCCCGCUGAGCCGUGCGCUGGCUGGGCGCCGCAUCCCGCCGCAUGUCUUGGUCAACUGGGCAGUACAGAUUGCUAGAGGGAUGCUCUACCUGCACACAGAGGCCAUCGUUCCUGUCAUCCAUCGUGACCUCAAGUCUAACAACAUCCUCCUGGCCCAGCCUAUGGAGAAUGAUUGUAUGGAAGGGAUAACUCUGAAGAUCACAGACUUUGGCCUGGCACGGGAGUGGCACAAGACCACCAAGAUGAGCACAGCGGGCACCUACGCCUGGAUGGCACCGGAGGUCAUCAAGUCCUCCACCUUUUCCAAGGGCAGUGACGUCUGGAGCUACGGUGUUGUAUUGUGGGAGUUGCUGACAGGGGAGGUUCCCUACAGAGGGAUAGAUGGUCUGGCAGUGGCCUACGGAGUGGCCGUUAACAAACUCACCCUCCCCAUCCCCUCCACCUGCCCAGAACCCUUCGCCCAGCUCUUGGCAGAGUGCUGGGAUCAGGACCCACACCUCAGGCCCAACUUUGCCUCCAUCUUGGUUCAGCUAACUGCUCUUGAGAGGCAGGUGGUGGAGGAGAUGCCUCAGGACUCCUUUCAUUCCCUACAGGAGGACUGGAAACUGGAGAUCCAGGACAUGUUUGAUGAGCUCAGAGCCAAGGAGAAGGAGCUGCGUUGUCGCGAGGAGGAGCUGAAGCGCGCGGCGGUGGAGCAGAAGUCUCACGAGGAGUUCCUGAGGCAGAGGGAGCAGCAGCUGGCCCAGUGGGAACAGGAUGUGUUUGAGAGGGAGCUCAGUCUCCUCAUCCUGCACAUGAACAACCAGGAGAAGCCCAACGUCAAGAAGAGGAAGGGAACCUUCAAGAAGCACAAGUUGAAGGGCAGCAAGAACGGAGAGAAGAUCAGCAUGCCUCAAGACUUUAUCCAUAAGAUCACUGUCCAGGCGUCUCCGGGGCUGGAGAAGAGACGCAACUCUCCCGAUCUGGGCACCGGCACCUCUCCCUCAUUCGGCCCACGCUUCCGAGCAAUCCAACUCAGCCCUAGUGAGAACAGCAGGGCGUUUGGUCUGAGCUCCAUGUGGCCCCUAGAGGUCCCUCCACACAACAAGCAGGCCAACGGGGACCGGCUGGGGCCCCACUGGAGGCCCCAGAGCCCUAAGAGCCCCAAAGUCCUCCGCCUCAGCCCACAGGAGAGCAGCAGUUAUGUAUGUUCCAGUCUUUCAAUGAGAGCCAAGCUUCUGGACAUGGACAGCAAUGAGAACGGAGAAUCCAAGGAUGACUUUGAGGAGUACAGACCCUCCACGCCUGUCCAAAACGGCUCCUCGGUGAAGGAGCCCCCAAGGUCUACUCUCCCUCAGGGGGACUCGGGUAUCGAGGAGGGGCUGGAGGGGGGCUCCCCGGCCGGCUCCCCCAGGCCUGAGCACCGCUCCCUGGGAGGCUUGCUGAGGAGCACCCACCGGGCCCUACUGGGUGGCGGCUCCCUCCUAGCCUCUGUGGCCCUGGGACGACACCUGGACGUGCCUCACAUCCCCCCCAKGGUUCCCCCCCGGACUAAUCCCCCGCCCCUGGACCACCACCACCUUCUGCAGGAGGUCCCAAUCACGGCCCUCAAAAUCCCCUCCUCGGACCCCCCGGUGGUGGAUGACCUUGUAACCUUCUCCAACUUGGAGCACCUCCCCCGGCCCCUCUUUGACUUCCCCUGCGCCCUUCACGCCCCCGGGGUGAAGCCUCUGCCACUCACGCCACCUCCGCCUCACCCCCGGGAGAGGGCCUGCCACAGGCACGCCCAGACCCCUCAGAGCCCCCGGAGCCCCCAUUACCAGGUCCAGAGGCAGGCUAGCCCAGCAGAGUGGGCGCCGUCCCACCACCACACCAACGGGGAGGCAGGCUGUGACGCCUGGGGCCAGGGGUCAGACAGGAGGAGGAGGUCCAGCCAAGGCCUUCUCUCUGCCUCUCAACUAGGCCUGGACCUCCCCAUGUGCCAGGACAGUCUGGAGUCAGAAGACAAUCCCUUGGCGGUCCCCUUCUCUCUUUUCCCUGACCCUCGCCUCUGGAGCCCCAAAACACGUCGCCUGGAGGUCAACGUUAUCCCCCGCCCGCGCCCCUCCCCCAUCCGACCCCGCAUCGACCCCUGGAGCUUCAUCUCUGCUGGGGGUGGUGGCGGAGCGUUCGGUGGUGCCCGCAGCCCUCGACGGUCAGAUAGCCACCCAUUGGGGUACCAGCCCUCACCCACCAACCCCUUCACGAACUGUGACCCCUUCCCCUCCCCAGACUGCGACCCAUUCUCCCUGAGAGCCGACCCAUUGUCAGGCAUUACGCCCGACACGCCCUCGCCCUUUGACCCCUUCUCGCCACCGUUCCCCACCUCCCGCUCGGCGCCCUGCUCCACCAACGGGUCCCCAACCCUGCCCACGUUCCGGGUGGCGCCUCUGAACCCGGCCGACUCGCCGCUUAUCGACCUGGGCUGGGCGGCGGUGUGCAGGGUCAAGCCCCUGGAGGUCACCAAAGAGAAGACACGACCCAGGAGGACUCUGGGACUCAAGCCCUUCAAGUCCCCCACGCAACCCAGAGACGAUCGCUUCUAAACUAAACCUCCGACCUUGCCUUUCUCAUAACACAGAGUUUAUACACGUGUUCUUUUAAGGAAUGCGGCCCCAGCCCCCUAAAUGGACAGGUACAGGUUGUGUAUAUCCUGUCUUAGGAAUGAGGAGGAUUUGGAGUCCUAUUCAAAACAAAAAAUGCACAUGUGUGGACAAUACGAAGCUGAAAUGGGGUGCCCAAACAGUGGAGUGGUUUCGUGUUGCCUUAGAAACCAACAAGGAAGCUAAGCCUGCCUGCCAUCUAGCUCAGUGACACUGGAUUGUGGGAGUGGAUUUCUGUGCACAACAAACCAAUGUCUGAUGCCCAUUUUAUUCCAGAGGAUUUCUCUCACAUAUAUUUUGGAGAGUCCGAUUGGUGGGCUUCUCCAGACUCAAUCAGACGUCCCUCUAUCACUUCCACUCGUCUCUCUUACUACUUUUUGAAGUGUGUGGACAAUACGAAGCUGAAAACAGCAGCUUGCUUUAUCUGUAGCUCUGAAAGCAUUCAGGGCCUUGGACAUUUAGAGUGCAAUUUGCUUUAUGAAGCAUUUUAAAAGGUUUCUGGUCUUGAGUGGUGAACCUACUUCAGAAUCUAUUUUCUAUGAUUAGGCUGAAAUGUGCAAAGGACUAGGAGCUAAGUGAAGCUAGGUGCAAGAUAUGACGAUGAUUCUUGUCUUACCCUCGACAAACAAACAAAAAGUCUCAAGCGUGUUUGUCUCUCUCUUUGCAAUAAACAACAUGUGAUGGGUCAA